AUGGCGCUCUCGCCAGCCACCCUCCUCUCCCCUCCCUCCCGCAAGCCAAUGGUCCAUCUCCUCCUCUCCUCGCCAAAAGGCAACCAGGGUCUGCGCUACUUCCCCUACUCUGGCUAUCUCGGCCUCACCCCCGUCCGCAUCGAAGGAGUCGUCCGCACAAAACUCGACGCUGAUCUCAAGACCCUCCCCGCCAAGUCCAUCUCCGUCUCCGUCCGCUGCUACGAGACCCGCGUCGGCCGCGUCAACACCCUCCAGACAAACGUCCUCGUCGAGUACACCACCCUCCUCUGGUCAAAGCCCGACAAUGUCGACCACGAGCACAUCGGCAACCUCGAGUUCCCGUUCAGAAUAAACCUCCCCGCCAAGGUCGCCGGCUUCAGCACUGCGAUAUUCGUAGAUUACCGGUGUACGUGGAGGGUCGAAGCCGUGCUGAACCACGCGCCCAUCGCCGGCGUCGGGUCGCGUCAGAUACGCCACUUUGAGCUGCCCCUCAUCCGUUACGACGUGCCCUCCUGGCUCCCCUCCCUCCCUCCCCCGCAGCCCCUCCUCUCCCAGCACACCAGCAAGCCCCGCGCGCCCCGCAUACGCUACUCCGUCAGCUCCCCGCGCACCGCCAUCGGGCCCCUCGACCUCGUCUCCAUCCCACUCCAUCUCCAGCCGCUAGACCAGGGUGUAUCAAUACGCAGUGCAAGUGUCAUCGUCGAGCGUCGCAUAUAUCUCCAUGAGUGCCCUCCGUCCGGCCCUUCCUCCUCCUCCCUCUCUGCGCCCCCCUCCGCAACUUUCCAGACAGCCUCCUCGUCCCCCUCCUCACGCCCCUCCUCGAGCCAUGCUCCUACACCCUCACCUACACACUCGAAUGGCUCGUAUUCCCCCACACAGACGCACCAACUCUCCCCGUUCAGCCAACAGUCCGCAGCUUCCACCCUCUCCAUCAACUCUUCCCAACCGACCAUCACGCCCAGCACCUUCUCCCUUCCGCUCGAAACGACACCCCUUCUUCCUCCCUCAUCUUCCCCGAAUACCCCUCCGAGCAGCUCGUCGUCCAAGGUAGUCACAAACCCCAUCGCCGGCGCCGAGUCGUCCGGCACGUUCGCGCGCGACGCGAAUGGCGUCUGGACCAAGACGCUGACACUCCAGUGGCCCGCGGCCAAGUCGCACAGUCGGUGGGCGAUUGGAGAAACGAUCAUCUCGGACUUGGUUUCGGUGCGGUUUUUCGUCAAGGCGAAGAUAAUAAUUACCUCCCCCUCCGGCACCGAGACCCUCGAGCUCGCCGAACACGAGCUCCUCGUCGUCUCAACGAACGACACCGAGCGCCAGCUAGCCCUCGCCAAAUACAACGAAACACACGACGCCUCCUCCUCCACCCUCAUCGACGCGAACGUGCGCUCAAAGUCGAAAUCCCCCCGCCGUUCCCAGCGGCCUGGCGGGGGAAGGUCGGAGGAUGAGGUCGUGCCGCCGUCGCCUGCUGUUGGGCGGAGCGGGGCGGGGCCGCCUCCGAGUCUUCCUACUGCAGAUGGGGGCGGGGGUUCGAGUAGCGCUGGGAAGACGAGCGCACCCUCGAGCUACCCCUACGCGCGCAGUCUGGGCAAGAGCAGCACCCGGCGCCCCCACACAAGCGCGGGCCCGCGUGACAAGCCCGUCAGUUUUGCCGGGGGUGCGUAUCAGAAUCCACGUGGUGCGGAAGGCGAAGGCGAAGGCGUCCCACUGCCAGCUGGGACGCACGAUGCGAGCGGUGGUGGGAGUGGAAGCGCAGGGAUAAACGGGACUGCGACUGCGGCGAAGCGCCGGUCGGACUUUGUCGUCAUGCGGCCGCCUGCGCUUCCUGUGAGCAGUCUUUUCGGAGGCUCAACUAGCGCAAGCACGAGUAAAGGGAGCGGUAGGCCUGACUCGAGCCAUUCGCGUUCCGAACGCGAGAGGGAAAGGGAAAAGGAAAAGGAAAAGGAUAAAGACCGGGAAAGGGAAAAGAACCGCCGGAAAGAGAAAGGGCAGGCCUCGCACACGUCUUCGAUCUCCUCUUCGCGGAGCACUGGCAGUACAAAGGGCACUGGCACCAGCCUCAUCAGUGGCCCGGGGGGCCCGGGGACGGGCAAGCUCUCGUCUUCGUCCUUCUGGUCCACCGUGCACUCCAACCCGUCCGCGCACCAUUCAUACGCGCCGUCGAAUUCACACUCGCAUUCCCAGCCAAACUCCCACUCGCACUCCAACCAAUCAUAUUCCUCCCAAUCCCACUCUUCCUCUUCGCACUCGCACUCCUACCAAUCCCACUCGACGUCAACGUCACGACCCUCACAUGUCCCCGGGGGUGGGCGGAGCAAGAUCAAAGCCGUCCCGAGCGGGAGCAGCACGAGCACCACCACGAGCUCGGGGAGCGUCUCUACCCAGUCCUCCCGUGAGGGCGAUGGGGAAGAGACGGAGCCCUCGGACUACAUGCGCGAGUGGGAGGAGGAGCUCGCAAGGAUCGAGAUGAGGAGCCGAAGGUCGAGCGAUGCGGUUGGGUUUGCGGGGAAGACGCAGAGUCUCAGGAAAAGGUCGGUGGUGGUGGGUGUGCCGGGGGUGCCGCCGGUGGGGAUGGCGAUGCAGAUGACGCGCGUGGCGGAUGCGUCGUCGUAG